AUGCAACGACCUCCACGAAGCAGGGCAUCGACACAAUACACUUUCCAGCGAGCCUACAAAGCAUGUAUUCCUUGUCGACGGAGAAAAGUCAAAUGUGAGCCCGAACCCGAGCUUCAUCAGCCGUGUAAGCGGUGUCGGAAGAUGGAUCUGGAGUGCCGGUUUUCAUCGAAGCAGCCUUGGUCGAGAAAGAAGCACCCUGGGAAAAAGGGAACUCGAGGUGCCCGCCAUGCUUCUUCAGAAUACGAACCUCGUGGGAUGGAACGUCUUAAAGGUGCAGCUACGGCUACGGGUAUGACGGCGAUUGAUGACGUCCACGAGCCAUCACCGUCAAAUUCAGCUUCAGCAUCGGCUUCUGCGGGGUUGGAAGACGGCGAGUGUAUCUCAGCGACGGUGUUGCAGAAACAGGUUGCGAGUGGGAACGAUGCCAUGGAUAUUCUGUUUGACGCCGCGGCGCAUGCGGGCUCGAGUGCGCGUGUUGGCAAUGGCCAAGCUACAGCUCUUGAUGAUUCGAACACCCCCUUUGAUAUCGGGUCCGAGGAUAAUGUGCUCCGAGUCUGGGAGGGAUGCCGGUUUGUCAAGAUGGGCUGGUUCACGGCGGAGGAGGCGCUGUCGUAUACGGACUGGUUAUGGCAGCAUUGCCAACAUCUCAUCUUGCGGAUAAUGCUCGGGCAAGAGAAACUGUCAAAAGCCAAAACUAGACAUAUAUCGACUAUUGAGGCCCUCUUGCUCCUCUCGGAGUGGUAUCCCCUGGCUCUACACUUCCCCUUGGAAGCGGACGGGUGGGAUUCGGAUUGGAUGCUGACAACGUUUACCUUGCGAGAUCCGCCUUCGACUGCACAGGAAUGUCCCAUGCAAGACCGUUGGAAGGAGGACGUCGUCGAGCCCACAAGACGGUCAGACCGGAUGUCUUGGAUGCUCGUGAGCUCAGCACUGGCGCUCGCACACGAGCUUGGCGUGUUCAACCCUAGAGACCAUAUAACUAUGUUAAAACGACAGGGCACAAUCGCAGGUCCUGAUGUCGAGAAUUAUCUUCAGGAUCUGGAGCUUAGACGCCAGCGCCUUCCGUCGCUGUUGUUUGUGACUACAAACCUGCUCGCUUCCAGGAUUGGCUGCACGUCCAUUAUGCCGGAUUAUGGCAAGGAGCCGCUCGAAAGCCUUAAGACCGUCGACCCUGAUUGGGCGAGAUUUAUGAUUUCGUGGGUGAAUUUAACGGGAUUGACCCGGAAUCUACGAGAAACAUUCUUCACCGCGGCUAAGAGUGCUGGCAGCCAGCAUAUGAAUUUCGCAUCACUAGAGCAGUGGAAGGCCCAGCUUGCAGCAUGGAAAGACGAUAUCCACGACAUUCAGAGCUCUCGCUACAAUGAUAUUCUGCGCAUUGAAUACCAAUACUUAAGAGUUUUCGCCAACUCUCUCGGUGUCCAGGGAAUCGUUGCGCGCGUGCUGUCGGACACGCCCUCGCGAGGAAUAAUUGACACGACGUUCGUCUCUCAUGCACGACAACUCAAUAUGAGUAGGAAUGAGUAUGAGUUCAUCGAAGAAGUAAUAGAUGGUGCUUGCACAAUCCUCUCACAUGUAGUUGCUCUUGCUAACCUGCGGUGUCUUCCAAUGCGAGUCUUAUCCCGCAUGAUCAGCUCGUCGAUAUUUCUUUUGAAAGCACUAGCUCUUGGGGUGCGGAAAACCAAACUGGAAGAGUCGCUACACCUCCUCGAUGCGGCAGUCGCUUCCCUUCUUUGCAAGCAAUUAGACGAUAUCCACCUUGCUUCGAGAUAUGCAACGCUCCUCAAGACUCAUGUGUCGCGCCUGCGGCAAACAUUCACCAGUUCCGGUCGUGUGGAUUGUCAAAACACUGAACAAACCAGGGGCGACAAUGGCGAGUCAGAGCAGUCACUUGGAACAGCGUUUGGCUUGGACAACAACAUGGCUGAGUGGUCGACCCAGACUGACCUUGAUAACUGGUUGUCUCUCCCACUAGAUCCGUUAAUGGCACCAUUCGGAUACUGGGAUGGUGCACCGGCUGAUCUGGGACUGGACUCGGAUCCCUUAGAUUUAGAUUUCAUUUGGAAUCUGCCUCCAUGA